AUGACCUCCAAGAUACCGUGGAGACAGUUCCAGUUGUUCGACUUCACCCCCAUCCGAGACCCCAACUACCAAUCACCCGACCCGCUCUACUCGGACCCCAGCUUGUCAGCCAUCCAUGCCACCUCGUCGUAUCUUGCUCUAGCCACCAGCAACUGUUUCCUUAAAAUCGUCAACCCUCUCCAGUUCACCCUCGAGAAACAGUUCCAGGCGUACGAUGCCGACUACCGCAUCUCCGCUGUUAGCAGCGUGCCCAGAUCCAACUUGCUAGUCACCGUAGCCGAGCGCCAAGGCUCUCCAACUGUGCUCAAGCUCUGGGACUUGACCAAAAUCGUCCACUUGGACGCUAUAGACCCCGACCAGGAGAAGUACAAGUUCCAGACCCAAGUCCUAAUCACCAAUGGCGACAAUUCCUACCCUAUCAGCUGUUUCCAGUUCAAUGACGAGCUUACGUGCAUUGCGAUUGGCUACACCAACGGCAAGGUCAUUCUAGUCAGAGGCGACUUGUUGAGGGAUAGAGGCUCCAAGCAACGUACCAUAUUUGAGUCCCUUGAUCCUGUCACUGGAGUCCAGUUCAACCGAGAAAACGACCUCCUUUACAUCACCACUACCUCCAAAAUCUUGACGGUGUUGACCACCGGCAGAAACAAUGGAAAACCAGCCAAAUACUUAUCCAACAAAACCGGUAUCGAUCUCAAUUGCUCAGAUGUGAUUCCUUCGACCCAAGAGCUAGUGGUGGCUACCCAAAAUUCCAUCCGAUUCUACAACAACCUUGCAAAAGUUAACUCCUUUCCAUUCGAGGUCUCCAAAUCCAAGCUUUACUAUAUCAAAAAUUCGUCGAAGAAUUAUCUACUCCUCGUGUCUUCCCUGGAGGAGGAGAUCUCAUCAAAUAACAAUAAAAAGAAGUUGGUCACAAGAAUUCUCAUUUUGGACUUGGAUAGUCGGCAUUUAUCGUUCAAUUUGAUGGUUCCUAACAAUGUCAUUACCCAUGUAUUUGAGCAGAACGAUAACAUUUUUCUCCUUUCCAAUGAUGGGAUAUUGUAUAAGUUACAUGAAAAACCCAUCAACCAACAGAUCGAAGUUAUCUUGCAGAGAGAAUUAUUCUCAGUCGCAUACAGACUUGCUGAAAGAAACAAAAUGUCAAAAGAAGUACUUCUCCGAAUCCAAAAACUACACGGUGAGUUCCUUUAUGCAAAGCAAAGCUUUGAUGAAUCUAUUGGAGUAUUCAUUAAAUGCUUAUCGCUCUUCAAAAGUACAAGCAAAGCCCAAAAUGAGGUUGAAAGUGAAGAUGACGAAGAUUUAGAAGAUUUUGUUAUGAAUAUCAUUACAAAAUUCAAGGAUGUCUCCAAUAUUUCUAAUUUGACCAAGUUCUUGCAUAAGCUUUACAGCUUAAACAUCGCUAAUAAUGAUCAUAUUACAUUAUUAUUGUGUUGCUACUGCAAGUUGAAAUUAACUGAUGAUCUUGAUAAAUUUAUUGAUGAUUUAGAUUUGGAGAAUUCUACUGAUUCACCCUUCCAAGAUUUAAACUUUCAAUUGAUUAUAAAUCUUUUCCAGGAAUGUGGAUACUUUGAUCAAGUGAUAAAGCUUCUCUAUAAACUAAACCAACCCAACCUUAUAGUCGGGAUUCAAUUAAACCACCUUCAUCAGCCAAAACAAUCAUUGCACUUCAUUAAGGGAUUACCAAUUGAUGACCUUUUGCUCAUUUUGAUAGACCAUUCAAAAUCUUUGUUGGAUUUUCUUCCAAUAGAGACUACCGAGUUGUUGAUCGACGUCUUCACAGGAAACUAUAAAUUAAACAAAGAGAUAAGAGACACAUUUAUUCAAGACGUUAAAGUACAACGGGAGGAGGAAAUACUCCACACUCAUGAAGAGGGAGAUGAUGUGUCUUCGUUCCCAUUAAAUAGUUACAAAGCCUUUGUGACUUACUUAUCAAGCUUGAAAGAUGAUGAUAUCAAAAGCAAUGGAAGUAAUGAACAAGCAAAAAUAGAUGAUGAAUCAUCUACUCAAGAACCUACAUACCUUCCCCCUCGUCCUAGUUUGAUUUACCCAAGUUUCAUGAAUCACCCAAAUGAAUUUGUCAUCUUUUUGGAAGCUUGCAUCGAAACCUUUGAUAAAUACCAAGGUAACAUCAAUGAUAAGAAAGAAUUAUUGAUGACUCUAUUGGAAAUGUAUCUUACCAUAGCCAGCAAACUUGAAGAUGGGGAGUCCAAUGAAUGGAAAGAUAAAGCUAAGCAAUUGGUUGACAACAAUUCCGAGCUUCUUGAUAAUUCUUCCUUGUUGUUAGUAUCCCAUAUUUAUGAUUUCAAGGAAGGUGAAGCAUUGUCGAAAGAGCAAUCAGGAUUUGAAGAAAGUUUAUUUACUACAUAUCAAAUUUCUGAGGACGUGGAGAAAUGUUUUGAGAUGGUGAGAAGGUACGGAGAUCAGAAACCAGAGUUAUACAAGUUGAUGUUGAAGUUCAUGAUAUUUAAACAGCUGGUUUUUGACCAAGUGACGCAACAGGACUUUAGAUUUAUUUUGAACAAGAUCGAAAAGCUAAAGAUCAUGAACCCCUUGGAGAUAUUGCAAAUCUUGACCGGUGGAGCCGAAAAUGAAUUUGUUACUCUAGGAUUGGUGAAGGACUACUUAAUCGAUUUCAUUGAUAACCAGAGUAAGGAAAUCAAUAAUAACCAUAAGUUAAUUGAGUAUUAUGAAACAGAGUCGACAAAAACGUCUCAUAAGCUCACUGAGCUCAAUACCAAGCCUUUUGUCAUCCAAAAUAAUAAGUGUUCGCAAUGUGGCCAGAAGCUUGAUUACCCAGUAAUCCACUUUAGGUGCAAACAUUCAUUCCAUCAGAAAUGCCUCAACAAUAAUUUGAUUGCCACCUCGGUGAAUGACGAUUCUGCAACGGAAAAACAGUGUCCCAUCUGCAUCAACGAAAUUGAUGAGAUAAAGUCCAUAAGGAAUAGUCAAUUCAAGUCUAAGGACACUUUAGAGGUGUUUGAGGGCAAUUUGCACGAAAGCAAGGAUAGGUUCAAGUAUAUCAGCGAAUACUUGGGCAAGGGGGUCAUGGAAAACGAAUCUGUGACUUUGAUGAACUAG